AUGUCGAGGCCCAAGGGACUGUUAUGGCUUCCGUUGUUCUUUACCCCGGUCUGCGUCAUGUUGAACUCCAAUGUUCUCCUGUGGAUAACCGCUCUUGCCAUUAAGUUCACGCUCAGUGACAGCCAAGCACAGUAUCCAGUGGUCAACACAAAUUAUGGCAAAAUCCGGGGCUUAAGAACACCAUUGCCCAAUGAGAUUUUGGGUCCAGUGGAGCAGUACUUGGGGGUCCCGUAUGCCUCUCCUCCCACUGGAGAGAGGCGAUUUCAGCCCCCAGAGCCCCCAUCCUCAUGGACUGGCGUUCGAAAUGCCACCCAGUUCGCUGCUGUGUGCCCCCAACACCUGGACGAGAGGUCUUUAUUACAUGAUAUGCUGCCCAUCUGGUUUACUGCUAAUUUGGAUACUUUAAUGACCUACGUUCAAGAUCAAAACGAAGACUGCCUUUACUUAAACAUCUACGUGCCCACGGAGGAUGGAGCCAACACAAAGAAAAACGCAGAUGAUAUAACCAGUAAUGAUCGUCCUGAAGACGAAGACAUCCAUGAUCAGAACAGUAAGAAGCCGGUCAUGGUCUAUAUCCACGGCGGGUCUUACAUGGAGGGCACUGGGAAUAUGAUAGACGGCAGUGUGCUGGCCAGCUACGGCAAUGUCAUUGUGAUCACCAUUAACUACCGGCUGGGAAUUCUAGGGUUUUUAAGUACCGGUGACCAGGCGGCCAAAGGCAACUAUGGGCUCCUGGACCAGAUCCAGGCACUUCGGUGGAUUGAGGAGAAUGUCGGGGCCUUCGGCGGGGAUCCCAAGCGAGUGACCAUCUUCGGCUCAGGCGCGGGGGCGUCUUGCGUCAGUCUGUUGACCUUGUCGCACUAUUCAGAAGGUCUGUUCCAGAAGGCGAUCAUCCAGAGCGGGACCGCACUGUCCAGCUGGGCAGUGAACUACCAGCCAGCCAAGUACACGCGGAUAUUGGCAGAUAAAGUCGGCUGCAACAUGCUGGACACCACGGACAUGGUGGAAUGCCUUCGGAAUAAGAACUACAAGGAGCUCAUUCAGCAGACCAUCACCCCGGCCACGUACCACAUUUCCUUUGGCCCCGUCAUCGACGGGGACGUCAUCCCAGACGACCCUCAGAUCCUGAUGGAGCAGGGGGAGUUCCUCAAUUACGACAUCAUGCUUGGUGUCAACCAGGGGGAAGGCUUGAAGUUUGUCGACGGCAUCGUGGACAACGAAGAUGGUGUGACGCCCAACGACUUUGACUUCUCCGUGUCCAACUUUGUGGACAACCUUUACGGCUACCCAGAGGGGAAAGACACGUUGCGGGAGACCAUCAAGUUCAUGUACACGGACUGGGCAGACAAGGAAAACCCCGAGACGCGGCGAAAGACCCUGGUGGCUCUCUUCACGGAUCACCAGUGGGUGGCCCCCGCGGUGGCCACGGCCGACCUGCAUGCUCAGUACGGCUCCCCGACUUACUUCUAUGCCUUCUACCACCACUGCCAGAGUGAAAUGAAGCCCAGCUGGGCGGACUCAGCCCAUGGUGACGAAGUCCCCUACGUCUUUGGGAUCCCCAUGAUUGGCCCUACUGAGCUCUUCAGUUGUAACUUCUCCAAGAACGACGUCAUGCUCAGCGCAGUGGUCAUGACCUACUGGACCAAUUUUGCCAAAACCGGUGACCCAAAUCAGCCUGUUCCUCAGGACACCAAGUUCAUUCAUACAAAACCCAAUCGCUUUGAGGAAGUGGCCUGGUCCAAGUAUAACCCCAAAGACCAGCUCUAUCUACAUAUUGGCCUGAAGCCCAGAGUGAGGGAUCACUACCGAGCUACCAAGGUGGCUUUCUGGCUGGAACUGGUUCCCCACCUGCACAACCUGAAUGAGAUAUUCCAGUACGUGUCAACAACCACGAAGGUCCCUCCUCCCGACAUGACCUCCUUCCCCUAUGGAACCCGGCGGUCUCCCGCCAAGAUAUGGCCCACGACCAAACGCCCAGCCAUCACUCCCGCUAACAACCCCAAACACUCCAAGGACCCUCAUAAGACAGGGCCUGAGGACACAACCGUCCUCAUCGAAACCAAACGGGAUUAUUCCACUGAACUGAGCGUCACCAUCGCCGUGGGGGCCUCCCUGCUCUUCCUCAACAUUCUGGCAUUUGCGGCUCUGUACUACAAGAAGGACAAGAGACGCCACGAGACACACAGGCGCCCCAGUCCCCAGAGGAAUACCACAAACGACAUCGCUCACAUCCAGAACGAAGAGAUCAUGUCCCUGCAGAUGAAGCAGCUGGAACAUGACCACGAGUGUGAGUCCCUGCAGGCUCACGACACGCUGAGGCUCACCUGUCCUCCAGACUACACCCUGACGCUGCGCAGGUCUCCAGAUGACAUCCCACUCAUGACACCAAAUACCAUCACCAUGAUCCCAAACACACUGACGGGCAUGCAGCCUUUGCACACAUUCAACACCUUCAGCGGAGGACAAAACAGUACCAAUCUCCCCCAUGGACACUCGACCACUAGAGUAUAG